AUGGAUCAAAACCACUGGAAUUAGAAGUCGUCUGUUUAAGAGUUUGGAAUUGAUAAGAAUGUAUAAUAAUAAGCAGUCCCACCUUAAGCUCAAUUGAUCAGAAGAGUCUCAAAACGUAAUAUUGCAAUAAAGCCAACCCAGGAAAGUGGCUUGGGGUAAAUCUUUGAAACUUACCAUCCUGAACAAAGGAAUCAAACAUUGGAUGAUAUUAAAUUCAUCAUAAAAUGCUUUUAAGGUCAUUUUGUAUUUAGCUCAAUGACUGAAACAUAAUUGUAAUUGUUUGUAUACUAACCAAAGAACGCAGUUGGCCCAUAGCAUGUUUUAUUGCAAAUUAUCAGUUGGCUAAACAAUCAUUCGUUAGGGGGACGGUGCAAGCUCAUUUUUCAUUUUGGAAAAAGGAAGGAUUAAUGUUUUAGUGGAUAAUGUACCUCGUAAGGAGAUAAAUGCAGGACAAGGAUUUGGUGAAUUAGCGUUAUUGUACAAUGCCCCUAGAUCUGCUACUUGCAUGGCAGUUGAAGAAUGCUACCUUUGGGGGAUUGACAGACAUACUUUUAGAAAAAGUGUUGAAACCAUUAUGAGAAGUGAGUAAGAGAAGAAUCGCAAAUAUUUGGAAAGCGUUAAAUUCUUUAGUAUGAAUUGAAAUUAAAACUUAAGAUUAAUUAACAAGAGAGUAAAAAGAUGCAGUGGCUGGAGUUUUGAUAUCUUAGAAAUUCAAUGCUAAUGAAAUUAUUGUAAACGAAGGAGAUUAGGCGAGCUCAUUUUAUAUCAUAGUGGAAGGACAGUGUGGAGUAUUCAAUAAGGAAGGACAACAAAUAUCAGUGCUCAAUCCUAGUGAUUCAUUUGGUGAGUCAGCUCUUAAAUAGGAGCAUCAAGUGAGAAUGAUGACUAUCAAAGCAGUCUAAAAGGAUACCAAGGUGUUGGCCUUAGGAAAAGAUAUGAUUUAAUAGAUCUUGGGAGACUAGGUUCAAACUAUCAUUUAUAAAAACAUUUGUAAAUGGGCUCUCAAUUCAUCCAAAUUAUUUAGCAAAACUCCACACUCUUAUUAGGAUAAAUUAUUGGAAGGUGUGUAAGUAAGAAAGUUUACUGCCAGUUCCAAAAUUAUAUCGAAAGGAGAUAAAGUUGGACAAUUAGUCAUACUUUUAGAUGUUGAUGCCGUUGACGAAAAUAAAGUUAAAUUUGUUAAGGGAUCAAUUCUAUUUGAGGAUUCAUUAUAGGAUAAAUUGUCAGGCACUACUCACCUAAAGACUGUAUCUGUUGAAGCAGAUGGACAUGUAGCAAUAGUUGAUUAUGAAGCCUUUAGAAAGUAAUAAGGAAGUGUUGAAAAAAUACAAUAAGGAAAGGCAUAGUAAUAAGAAAAAUCAAGUGCUCAUGAAGAGCAGAUUAAGAGUUAACCAUUCAAAAAUUUAAUAUAUUUAAAUAAAUUAGGUUCAGGUUAAUUUGGAUCUGUUUAUUUAUGUAAGUUUAAAGAAUUAGACACUUUAUUUGCUCUCAAGUAUGUCACAAGGGCACAUGUCCAGCAAUUCGGAAUACAAAAACAUAUCCAAUAAGAAAAAGCUGUUUUGGAAUUGAUGGACAAUCCAUUCAUUCUUAAAUUCUACAGAUCAUAUAAGGACAAUGAAAAUAUUUACUUUUUGACUGAGUACAUAGCAGGAAUGGAAUUAUUUGAUGCCAUCAGAGUCAUAGGUAAUAUAUUCAACUAUCUUAGGAUUGUUAAGCAAGUAUGAUGCUCAAUUCUAUGCUUCUCAGAUGAUAUUGCAAAUGGAAUAUUUACACACUUAACAUAGCAUAGUUUACAGAGAUAUUAAACCAGAGAAUCUUAUGGUUGAUGACAAAGGAUAUCUAAAACUAAUCGAUAUGGGAACAGCUAAGUCAUUUAAAAAUUAGUGUAUACUUAGAUAAUAAUAAUGUAGAAUCUACUAAGACAUUUACUAUUAUUGGAACUCCUCACUAUAUGGCUCCUGAAGUCAUUUCAGGAAAAGGCUAUGGUUACUUUGCUGACUUAUGGAGUGUCGGAGUGUGUGUAUAUGAAUUUAUAUGUGGGGGAUUGCCAUUUGGUGAAGAAGCUGAGGAUCCAUUUGAAAUUUAUAAGGAAAUCAUAAAGAAACCAAUCAGUUAUCCACAUUUCAUGUCUGACAAAUCUGCAAAACCUUUUAUAGAAUAAUUGAUGAACAAAAUUCCAGAAGUCAGAUUAGGAGGAUCUUACUCUACUUUGAAAUCUCAUGUUUGGUUUAAGGAUUAUGAUUGGGUAUUGAUGAUUAACAAUUCUAUUCUAGGAGAAACUGUUGAAUAAGAGCUUGAAGGCUCCAUUAUUGCCAGGGAAGGACAAGGUCAUGACUCCAGCUUAGAUAUAGACUGCUUAAUAAAAAGCUAUCUCUGUAUUUGAUUAAAUAUAGAAAGACACUUAAGGGUAGAAGAAAGUUUUGGCAAGUGCAAAGGAUGCAGAAUGGGAUAGUGUAUUUUGAAUAAG